UCUAUGAGGUACUCGUAUUCGAUACACUCCUCAACUGUUUGUUUCUGUAAUCUGUGCCUCUGAUACUCUAAUGGCGACGAAGGAGUUGCAGAGCGUAGCGUUCGGUUCAAAAGAGGCGGCGGCUAUGGUGAAGGAGCUGAGGGAAAGUUAUGGCUCCGGUAAGACCAGAAGCUACGAGUGGAGAGUGUCGCAACUGAAGAACAUUGAGAAAAUGACGGAGUAUCAUGAACAGGAAAUCAUUGAGGCUCUUCGCUCCGACCUCUCCAAACCAGAAUUUGAAUCCUACAUUCAAGAGAUAGCGCUAUUGAAGAACUCGUGUACAUUGGCACUUAAAGAACUCAAGUCUUGGAUGAAGCCUGAAAAGGUUAAAUCUUCACCAGUCAUUUUUCCGUCGUCAGCCGAAAUAGUGCCCGAGCCUCUUGGUGUCGUACUAGUAAUUUCAGCAUGGAAUUAUCCUUUGUUGGUGGCCCUUGAUCCAGUUGUCGGAGCCAUUGCGGCCGGUAAUGCUGUGGUUGUAAAACCGUCGGAACUUGCUCCAGCCACAUCGUCAUUGCUUGCGAAACUAUUAGGAGACUACAUGGAUAACUCUUGUGUUAGAGUUGUUGAGGGGGCUGUUGCUGAAACAUCUGCACUAUUAGAGCAAAAGUGGGACAAAAUAUGUUACACAGGCAACCGAAGAGUGGGACGGAUAGUGAUGGCUAGCGCCGUGAAGCACCUUACACCAGUUCUUUUAGAGCUCGGAGGAAAAUGUCCAGCUGUGGUUGAUUCUGGCAUUGACUUACAAGUCGCAAGUAGGCGGAUUGUUGUAGGAAAGUGGGGAAGUAAUAAUGGACAGGCUUGCGUUGCACCUGAUUACAUGUUGACCACAAAAGAUUUUGCUCCUCAGUUGGUGGAGGCCCUAAAACGUGAAUUGGAUAACUUUUUCGGGAAGAAUCCACUUCAAUCGAAAGAUUUGUCUCGUAUUGUUAAUUCUAAUCACUAUGCUCGCUUGACAAAGCUCUUGGAUGAGGAGGACGUUUCCGGUAAGAUUGUCCAUGGAGGUGAAAGAGAUUUAAGCAACUUGAGGAUAGCUCCCACCAUCUUACUCGAUGUCCCACAAGACUCUCUGAUCAUGAAUGAGGAAAUAUUUGGUCCCUUGCUUCCCAUUGUCACGGUUGACAAGGUGGAAGACAGUUUUGAUUUGAUCAAAACAGGAACAAAGCCUCUUGCUGCAUAUUUGUUUACCAACAACAAGAAGCUGAAGGAUCAAUUUGUAAGGAGCGUCUCUGCAGGAGGUUUAGUUAUCAAUGACACUAUCGUACAUCUUGCUGUUGCAUCUUUGCCGUUUGGAGGAGUUGGGGAAAGUGGAAUGGGUGCAUACCAUGGGAAAUUCUCUUUCGAAGCUUUCAGCCAUAAGAAGGCGGUUAUUUAUCGAGGUUUUGCCGGAGAUAUUUCUGUGAGGUACCCUCCAUACACAAUGGGUAAGCUAAGUCUGAUUCUGAAGGCUAUGGUUAGUGGUGGUAGUAUUUGGGGCAUAAUCUGGGCCCUGAUGAUUUACAAAAUCCUCAAUACUUUUAAAUCACUUGCUCAUAAACUGAGAUCUACCAAAUCAGAGUGAUGGUUGACUUGAUUCGCCACUUCGCCGGACGGCCGGAAACAAAGGGUUUGAUCUUUCGUUGCCCCAUUAGAACAGGUCAGCCGGCCUUUUCCUUUUGGUUGCUGGUCGGUGGGAAUUUGUACGUGUAGCCAAUAUAUAGAAGUUUGAGGAAUUUAAGUGCCAAUGAAGUGAUGUAA